CCGGGGGUGGUGCCUCGGCCCUGGGCUGGGGCUGGCUCCGUUACCCUGAGAGUUAGGUAAACAUCGCCGGGGCGCUUCUCUGGGAGCAGACUCUUCCGAAGGAGUGAACCAUGAUCACAUUCAUGAAUUCAGACAGUGAAGAGGAAGUCUGCAAUGAGAGGACGUCCCUGAUGUCAACAGAGAGCCCCCCAGCUCGGUCCUAUCAUGAAGGGAUCUGCACAGAAGAAAGGGACAAGGAGGUCCAAGAGAAACGCCGAGGCAGCCUGGGUAACCAUGGCGGUGCUGACCAGUGUACCCCCGACAGCAGGGGCUCAUCGAGAAGCAGCAGCCUGGAGGAGGACGAAGAGGAGGAGGAGCUGACGCUCAAGUACGGGGCGAAGCAUGUGAUCAUGCUCUUUGUGCCGGUCACCCUCUGCAUGGUGGUCGUCGUGGCAACCAUCAAGUCUGUCCGCUUCUACACGGAGAAGAAUGGACAGCUAAUCUAUACACCCUUUACAGAAGAUACCCCCUCUAUCGGUCAGCGCUUGCUCAACUCGGUGCUAAACACCCUCAUCAUGAUCAGUGUCAUUGUUGUGAUGACAAUAUUCCUGGUUGUGCUGUACAAGUAUCGCUGCUACAAGUUUAUUCACGGCUGGUUGAUCCUGUCUUCUCUGAUGCUGCUCUUCCUCUUCACCUACAUUUAUCUUGGGGAAGUGCUUAAGACUUACAAUGUGGCUAUGGACUACCCAACCCUUUUCUUGGUCAUCUGGAACUUUGGGGCAGUGGGAAUGAUCUGUAUCCACUGGAAGGGCCCCUUGGUGCUGCAGCAGGCCUACCUCAUCAUGAUCAGUGCUCUCAUGGCCUUGGUCUUCAUCAAGUACCUCCCAGAAUGGUCAGCCUGGGUCAUCCUGGGAGCCAUCUCUGUGUAUGAUCUCGUGGCUGUGCUCUGUCCUAAAGGGCCCUUGAGGAUGCUUGUAGAAACUGCUCAGGAAAGAAAUGAACCUAUAUUUCCUGCCCUCAUAUAUUCAUCUGCCAUGGUGUGGACUGUAGGCAUGGCAAAGGUGGAUACUCCAACCAAGGGAGCCGUCCCCAAGGACCAAGAGCAAGAUGAAGACUCAAGCGACGCUUCUGGGGACCACUCUUACUCUGAAACAUAUGACUCUCCGAGAUGUACCCCACUCCAUGUGCCUUCCUGUGCAAUGGAGGAGCUGGAGGAAGAGGAGGAAAGGGGAGUGAAGCUUGGCCUGGGAGAUUUCAUUUUCUACAGUGUUCUUGUGGGCAAGGCUGCAGCCACGGCAAGUGGAGACUGGAACACCACACUGGCCUGCUUCGUUGCCAUUCUCAUUGGUCUGUGCUUGACACUUCUGCUGCUGGCGGUGUUCAAGAAGGCCUUGCCUGCCCUGCCCAUCUCCAUCACCUUUGGUCUCAUCUUCUACUUCUCCACCGACAACCUCGUGAGGCCUUUCAUGGAUACUCUGGCAUCCCACCAGUUGUACAUUUAGAGCAAAGUUUAGCUGCUAUUAUCUGGAAAUUAGGAAAUUCCAAUUCUGCGGAGUCAUAUAGUUUUACACGUUAGUGCCAUAUAUUUUUAAAAACUUUUUUUUUAAAGAAGACAACACACAAAAAAGUAUUAUGUAGUUACUUUGUGAGAUUGAGCAUCAAUGCAAUGGAGUAGAACAAGGCCCAGGAUCUGGGUUCAAGUCCAGGUUCUGCCACUAACUAGCCAUGCGACCUUGAGCUUCAGUUUUCUCAUCUGUAAACUGAGGAAGUUGGACUGAGCGAUCUCUAAGGUCCCUUCUGGCUCUCCCAUGAUUUAGGUAUCUAUACUUCUAAGUUCAGCCAUUUACCCUUUAAGGACCUGCACUCCCCCUGAUGGAAACCCAGGAGUUCACCCAGGUGACCUAAAAAAGGAGGUCACACAACGUGGCUCUGGGCAGAAGGGGAUGGUCUGGAAUUUCACGGAAGGGUGAUCUGAAGAAGAUUGUGACAUAUUGGAAGCCCAUAGAGUGCUCUCAGGAAAGUAGAUCAAGGGACUGGGCCUGCUCACUAAGAUCAGCAAAGGCACCUUGUUCAGGAAGGAAUGUUCACAAUGUUUUAUCAAUGAUGUUAUUUUUAUUACCUAUUGGAAAGGAAGUCCAAUUCUUGUUACAUUUCAGAUGACUACCUGCUGGGAAGUGGCUCAUUGGCCAUCAGGACUUAGUACUAAUAAACUUCCUUCGAUUGA